AUUCUCUCAUACAUUAAAAGUUAUGAUUCAUCUUAAUAUGCGUAAAAUUCCUCCUGACUAUGUUAUGAAACGAUGGACCAAAGUGGCAAAAGGAGGAUCCCUUAGCAUGAAAUUAAGAAACAUAGAAGCUGGUGAUUCCUUAAAUUCGAAAUCUUUAAGAUUCAACGCACUCAGUCUUAAAGUACAGAAAAUACCAUUUGAAGCUUCAAAGAACUUUGAGUCAUAUCAAAUGGCAUGUGAAAAAAUUGAUAGACUUGUUGAGGAGAUCAUCUCACUAAAUAAAGCCUUGAAAGAGAAACAAGGAGAUAAUAUUGCUGAUGAUAUUGGAGAUGAACAAGCCUUGUCAAUGAGAUCAUCUCACUUUGUGAGUGACUUUAAGCAAUCAAGUAAAAUUGGGUUGAUAGUGAAGGACCCUCCACAUUCACAAUGCAAAGGAAGGAGAAAGCCUGAGCGAUUUAAGUCCCCUGUAGAAAAGUAUGGAAAGAAACUCAGAAUAUGCGCAAAUUGUAAAAAGAAUGGUCAUAAUGUUCAAACUUGUACGGAGGUACCAUUAGCUGAAAAGAUUAGUAAAAAAGGAAUUAGUGAAAGUGAUGAAGAAAGAGAAACUAAUUAUGAGGGAUUGUAGAAUUAAAAUGCUAUUAGUCGAUUAACUCAACUCUUGUGUUUCUUUACUUAUGUAUUUUGUUAUGAGUGUUUGUAUCUUUUAAAAUAUACUCUAGACAAUAGCUCCUACAUGUUUUAGGGAGUGUUGCUUUGUUCAAACUAUUAUAUUUUGGUUAGUAGAGUUUCCAUCGGUA